AUGACUGAGGUGUAUAUACACUCUGCGCUGCCUCAGAACAACUCGACUGUCACUGGCCUGCUUCGGCGCAACCCUUUUCACGGCGAGGAGCCGCCGACACACAUCCGCGUGUUGCGAGCAGAAUACAGAUUUUCUCAUCCUUCAAAGGGUUUAUUCUCAAGGGGGCCCUGGUGGGAGAUAAGAAGGGGCUCGACCCAAGUGUUUGUUGGUCCAGAAGCUGUUCCGGGGGCGCAGGAGCACCUGCAGCAGCUGCUGGCAGCUCGUGAGGAGCGCAAGCGAGCUGCUGAAGCCAAGCGGCGUGCUGCAGAGGAGGCGCGGCUAAGACGGGAGGAGGCGGAGGAACUGCAGCGGCGGUUGGAGGCAGCUAAGCGUGCGGCCGAGGAGCUGAAGAAGCAGCAAGAAGAAGAGCAGCAGCGGCAACGAGAGGCCGAGGCUCGGCGACAAGAGGAAGAAGCAGAGCGCCAGAAGGCUGCAGAAGAAGAGGAGAAGAAGGCUCGAGAAAAAGCCGAGAAGGAGGCAGCAGAAGCAGCAAAGGAAGCGGCCCGCAGGGCGCAGGCGGAGGCGCAGGCGCAGGCGGAGGCCCAGGCAGAGGCAGAGAGGCAAGCGAAAGAAAAAGAAAGACAAGAAGCACUGGAGAAACAGAGGGCUGCAGAAGAAGCCAAAAGGGAAGAGGAAGAGAGACAGAGAAAGAUAGCCGAGCAGCAGAAGAGAGAGCAAGAAGAGGCGAAAGCCCGCGAGGCACAGAAACAAGAAGCAGAAAGGAGACAGCAGGAGGAGCAGGAGCGGCUCAGAGCAGUGGCUCUCAGACAAGCGCAGCAGGCAGAAGAAGAAAAGAAGAGAAAAGAACGGCUGCAGCAACUCCUCGUCACCCUCACAAAACAUGAACUUGGUGGCGUCCCCCUUCGGAAUGCCAUCCGGCUGUCAAAGACAGCGCAUCACCACAGAACAUCUGCAGCAACAGCAGCACCAACGCAGUAG